AUGACGGGUUUAGGCUCUUUCCCAUCCCUACGGAAGAAACCUAACCCGUCCCGCUCCCCCCACCGCAACUUUCAGCCCCUCUGCGUUCCAGCGAGAGGCCGAGCGAGCUGUGCCGGUGCCCGUUCCCUACAGCCCCGCAUUCCCCGGGAAUGCUGGCGGCGGGGAGGGAGGGAGGGAGGGGGUAUUUCCCUGAUCCCGGCGGAGGGACCGCACUCUUCCCUCCGCACAAAGCCGGCGAGGGCUGCAAAAAAUUGCAAGGGUGCCCGAGUUUCGGGAGCGCAGGUGGCGGCGGGCAGCCUGCUGGCUCUGCUCAUCCUCUGGACACUCUUUGGGAACGUGCUGGUGUGCGCGGCCAUCGUCCGCUACCGGCACCUGCGGAGCAAGGUCACCAACAUCUUCAUCGUGUCCCUGGCUGUCUCGGACCUGCUGGUGGCUGUGCUAGUCAUGCCCUGGAAGGCAGUGGCUGAGGUGGCUGGGGACUGGCCCUUUGGGGCUUUUUGCGACAUCUGGGUGGCCUUUGAUAUCAUGUGCUCCACAGCCUCCAUCCUGAACCUGUGUGUGAUUAGCGUGGACAGGUACUGGGCUAUUUCCAGCCCUUUCCGCUACGAGAGGAAGAUGACCCAGCGACUGGCUCUGGUGAUGAUCAGCAUGGCGUGGGCUUUGUCCGUGCUUAUCUCUUUCAUCCCUGUCCAGCUCAACUGGCACAAAGGCGGGAAUGUUGUUGCUGCUGAUGAUAUCGGGGAUGGCAAUGAUACCCUUACUGGACCAUCAGAGAGCUGUGAUUCCAGCCUCAACAGGACCUACGCCAUUUCCUCCUCCUUGAUCAGUUUUUACAUCCCAGUGGCUAUCAUGAUCGUGACCUACACUCGAAUCUACCGCAUUGCCCAGGUGCAGAUCCGCCGGAUCUCGUCCCUGGAGAGGGCAGCCGAGCACGCGCAGAGCUGCCGGAGCAGCCGUCUGGACUGCCACCACCACACCAGCCUCAGGUCCUCCAUCAGGAAGGAGACCAAGGUGUUGAAGACUCUGUCCGUCAUCAUGGGUGUCUUUGUCUGCUGCUGGUUGCCAUUCUUCAUCUUGAACUGCAUGGUUCCCUUCUGUGAGAGCCCACCCAGCGACCCCCAUGCUGGCCUUCCCUGUGUCAGUGAGACCACCUUUAAUGUCUUUGUCUGGUUUGGCUGGGCCAACUCUUCUCUCAACCCCAUCAUCUAUGCCUUCAAUGCUGACUUUAGAAAGGUCUUCUCCAACCUCCUGGGAUGUGGUCAGUUUUGCUCUAGUACUGCAGUGGAGACUGUUAAUAUAAGUAACGAGCUUAUCUCUUACAACCAGGACACCCUGUUCCAUAAGGAGAUAGUGACUGCUUAUGUUAACAUGAUCCCAAAUGUGGUUGACUGUGAGGAAAAUCGUGGGGACCCUUUUGAUAGGAUGUCCCAGAUCUCCCCUGACCAUGAGAUUGUCACCGACUCUGUCUGUGAGCUUGACUGUGAGGGGGAGAUUUCAUUAGGCAAAAUAACUCCUUUCACUACAAACGGUUUACAUUAAAUUGCAUCCUGCCCUGGUCGGUUCUUCUUGGAUUAUACAACAAACUACU